CACCCUACUCCCAAGCCCGACGCCACCAGCCGCUUGCGGUUGCUCGCUCGUCGCAUCAGCCGCGAUAAGAACAGGUCAUGGUCGUCUCCAAGGCGUGUGACGCAUGUCGCGUCCGCCGAACAAAGUGCGACGGCCACCAGCCAUGCCUCAAAUGCAAGACGAGCGACAUCGGGUGCACGUUCGAGCUGUCGCGCAAGAAGCGGGGGCCGCGGGGCAAGACAGUGACGAUGCUGCAGGAGGUGUUCGGGAGCGGCGCAGCGACGACGUCGAGUAGCGCAACGACACAGGUGUGCGAGGCUGGGCCAUCGGAGCUACCGACGGCGAAUGCGGAGAUCUCGCCCAUCUCGAUGAUAGCGAGCGACUGGCUGCCAACACUAGACCUGGGGGAUAACAGCCUGCAACUAGUGACCCACGCAUCUCCCCUCUCGCUCGCGCCGCUCGCCCUCCCGCCGGCCCUGCUCAACCCUUCCCCGGACCAUCCGUUCGGCCAAGCGUUCCACUCGCGCGCACACAUCAUCGAGCUGAUGGAGGCGCGCGUGUCCUCCCUCCUCCACUCGUACUUCACCCACCUGCACACCGUCUGGCCCGUAGUGGACGGGGUGGGCGUGCUCAAGCGCUUCGGGCACAAGGAGCACCUGUACAGCGAGAGCUUUGCGGCCAUGGUACUGUCCAUGUGCAGCCUGGCGCUGUUCCUCCCGUUCGAGGCCGCCAAGCCCGGCUCGUCGCGGCAAGCGGACACGCUAGUCCGCGAAGCCCUCGCCCUACACUCGAGCAACCCCGAGCUCGGGAUCAGGCCCAACCUAGACUGUAUCUCCACUUCGCUGAUCAUGUCAUCUGCCCUCCGGCUCACGCACGGCUUUAACGCAUGGUACCUCCGCCGCCGGGAGGCGUACGCGCUCGUCGAGCUGCUCAACCUCAGCAACCCGCGGGUGUACGACACGUUCACGGAGGCGGAGAAGUCGACGGCCGUCCGGCUGUUCUGGCACCUGGCCACAGGUGAUCGAUCAAACGCGCUCAUUCUCCCCAAGCUGGAGGGCGACCUUCCCAACUUCCGCCCGCUCAUCGCCAUCCGCGGCAAAGUCACCCACCUCUCCUCUAUCAUGUCGGCCGAGUGGGCCACUUCAGCGGCGGUGGCGCAGAUCGAGCCGACAACACGCGUGUUCGAGAUCCUCGACGAGGACCUGGUCGCGUGCAUCAGCGGGACAUGUGGCGGCGAGGGCUCGGAGCCUUGUACCUUCGACGCCGAAGCAGCGAUGGGAUACCACCGCACGCUGGACGCCGUGACCUCUGGCCAUCUGUCCCCUGUACAGGCGGCCGACUUCCUCCUCACACGGCUAUGGCUGCACGCUGAGAUCUGGCGUGCGUGCACGUCCCACUCGGUGCUCCAGUUUGAACCAGAGCACCGCGAACUCCGGAUAGAGUAUCCCGUCGAGGUGCUCGCGCGGACAGUGAGGGUCAUCAAUGGGCUGCCGGCCAGCGCGGUGUCAGGCAACGGGCCAGCGAUGGGACAAAAGCUCAAGAACAUCGUCGCCGCGGCCCAGGCUGUGCUCGCACUGCCCAACCCUCCUACGGCGUUUGAGGGUGUCGCCUCCCACGACGAGGCCAUGGAGUUCGUUGCGCGUGUCCUCGAGCUGGCUGCGCCAUUGACGACACAACGGUGGAUCCGUUUCGAGUGAUGGUUAUCAUGAGGUCUGUGGUUGUGGAAUAGAAUAUGGCUGGGAUGUUUGUCUUAGGAUGUAGGCUGCAUGUAUAGGUG